AUGGCCUCCGAGAACGAAUCAACUUCAGACGCCGGCACGCGUGCCAGCAAGCGCGUCCGCACCGACAGCAAUCCCGCGCCCCCGGCAGCAGCAGCAGCAGCAGCAGAGAAGAAGCCCACUCCCGAGGCUGAAGAUGACAGCUCCUCAGACGACGACAUCGGCCCCACACUCCCCCCCGCCGGCGGCGCCGCAACCAAGAAGAAGCGACGCACGCUGCCACACGAGAAGCUGUACCUCGCGGCGCUGCCGACGGCGCCGCGGUACUCAAAGUCGCUCAUGCAUCGGGACCACCUUGCGUUCGUGACGAUGACGCCGUUCACGGACUUUCUCAUCACGACGAGCGUGGAUGGGGUGGUCAAGUUCUGGAAGAAGAUGGCGGUGGGGAUUGAGUUUGUGAAGAUGUUUCGCGCGCACCAGGGCGAGAUUGUGGGUGUGGCGGUGAGCACGGAUGGGCGCAGCUUUGCGUCGGCGGGCGUGGACGGGAGGGUGGCGAUCUUUGAUGUGGUGACUUUUGAUCUGCUGACGACCAUCACGCUGCCAAACGCGCCAAAGGCCAUCUGCUGGGUGCACCGGCGCGGGUCCUCCCUGCCGCUGCUGGCGGUCUCGGACGUGGUGAGCCCGCACAUUGUCAUCUACGAUGGGCGGGGCGACAAUCCAAAGGUGCUGUACACGGUCGAGCACAUGCACCGCAGCAUCGUGCAUCUCAUGGCCUUCAACGACAAGUACAACUGCGUGGUGUCGUGCGACGAGAGCGGCAUGGUCGAGUACUGGUCCCCAAAGCCGGAGCGCGAGUUUGAGAAGCCCGAUAACGUGUUUGAGUACAAGAGCAACACGGGCCUGUUUGAGUUCAAGAGGGCCAAAUCCGUGCCCACGUCCCUCACAAUCUCACCCACACACGAGUCCUUCGCCACCUUCUCCCACCCAGACCGCCAGAUCCGCAUCUUCGACUUCCCCAGCGCGCGCCUCACGCGCACCUACGACGAAUCCGUGUCCACCCUAACCACCAUGCAGCAAGCCGCCCCCGCCGCCACCAAACUUCCCGACAUCGAAUUCGGCCGCCGCAUCGCGCUCGAAACCGACCUCUCCUCCCCCGCCACCACCUCCGCCACCCCACCCAUCCCGCUCACCACAACACACCUCUCAAAGGCCAACAUCGUCCUCAACACAACAACCAACACCGUCGUCCGCACCCUCGGCAAAGAGGAGCCCCUGCGCCCCCUCAACAUCGCCCUCUACCAGGGCGCACCAAAUAAAAAGGACCUCGUCACAGUCGAGAUGGCCGCCUCCGCCAACCCCCUCCUCUCCGAGGCCGAGUCCCGCGACCCCAUGCUCUUCUGCACGGCGGCGGCAAAGCCGCGCUUCUACAUCUUCACCAACGACGCCACCGCGUCAAAGACGGACCGCGACAUCCUCAACGAGAAGCCGCUUCUGUCUGCGUCCUCUGCGGCGGCCGGCGCAGCCGGCGACGUAGCGCCCAAGGAGAGCGGGAAGGCGGCCGUCAUCCAUACCAGUAUGGGUGACAUCCACGUGCGGCUGUUUCCCGAGGCGGCGCCGCGCACGGUGGAGAACUUUGUGACGCAUGCGAGGAACGGGUACUAUAAUGGGACCAUCUUCCAUCGCGUGAUUCGAAAGUUUAUGAUUCAGGGCGGGGACCCGUGUGGGGAUGGGACGGGCGGGGAGAGCAUUUGGGGCGGCGAGUUUGAGGAUGAGUUCUCGACGUUGAGGCAUGAUAAGCCGUAUACGCUGAGUAUGGCGAAUGCGGGGCCGAAUACGAACGGAUCCCAGUUCUUCAUCACGACGGAGAAGACGCCGUGGCUGGACGGGAAGCAUACCAUCUUUGGACGCACGAUACAGGGCCUGGAUGUGGUCAAUAAGAUUGAGAAUGUGCGCACGUUCAAGGAGAAGCCGGAGGAGGAUGUAAAGAUUAUUAAUAUCUCGGUUUUGUAG